AUGUCCAGCCCGUAUCAAAGUGUUUAUGAUCUAACAGACAUUUCUGUUAGGAGAUUGGUUCGAUACCUUUAUCUCCCGACAGAGUAUAGCAUUGCAAAGCCCCCCAAGCACUGGCUCAAGGAGCAAGAGGAGACGAUGAAUAAGUUACCUGUCGAUUGUCUACGCCCACGCGGCAAAUUUAACGUGGUCAGCAUUGUCACUCGUGGGUUGAUGAGAUUCAGCGAGAAAUAUAACCCCUCAUUCACACCACAGGCUGCAGUCCUUUGCCCAAGCCAUCACGGCCUGAACCCGUGGACAAUCCACGCCCUUUUUGCGCUGGUUUUGAAAGAGAUCACAGUGGACACGGACCGCUUGCGACUCGACCGACAACGCGGAAAAGGUCCGGAAUUUGGACCAUCGAUCCAGGAAUUUCUUCGUCGCCUGGAUGACAUGCAGGCCUUGUGGAUGGACACGUAUACUUUCGAACUGCUCUAUGGUCGUCAGCCGAAAGUGUUGAGCGGGGUCAGGUCGAAAUGUGAGGCAUGUAUCUUGUCAGCACUCGGAUCUCGUCCCCUUUUUCUCGGCGACCUUCGCGCUCACUGCAUCGCCCGAACGGAGGGAAUGACGCCAUGCCUGCAGAGGGUCGUGGAUGCGUGGAUCAACGAGUUCCCGGAACCUCGGCGAACAGAGCUCUGCAAAAGAAGUGCAUUUUUGGCUGAGGAGAUUCGGACCAUGCUGAAGGAUAUCAGGAUAGCGCGUCACGAGAGACGCGCAGCUUCUCGACAACGAAGAGCUAAGGCGUCGGCGAUCACCAGUAGGGACACCAAGACGAAAUCCGGAAGUGAUUCCCCGCGCUUCAUCACGGGUGGGCAGUCGACCACGAAUGAACGGACUUUGAUGCCAAUCAGCGAGGACCCCUUCGCCGAUCCGUACGAUGGAAACGCUGACUCUGAGAACCGGCCGUGGCAAGAUGCGGUUGUGGGGUAUUACGAGCGCCUGGCCGUCGCGAACGGUAAAGGCGGUGCUUUCGACCGAUCUUCCAUACACCCGACCUUUGGCGACCCGGCGCCUCAACCCGACCCUCAGUUCCGUCGCGAUUUUGGAGACAACAGCGUUUACGCUCGUCUGACCUCCCUCCGUCAAUGCUCCAAGACGAAGCCCGACGCCGUAAUCGGUUUCGACAUGCCUGUUACCCCCACCGCCGCUCUCGACACGCAGCCGUACAACCAGUACAGCAACGAAGCUCCGAGCAGCCCAUUGUAUACGGACGUCAGUGUGUACUCGAACGACGAGCUGGCCCGGCCCCACCCCCCAGUCUCCGCACCCCCAUCCGUCGUCACCACCUGGCCACAACAACGGUCAAGCCCGUCUUCCGGCCGCCCUCGCCCAGGCGGUAUCGUAAGUAGCUCCUCCGUCUUGCCCCAGAAUAACAACGUCAUGACACAGGACGGUACCCGCGCAGAAGAUUUGCCUCCCGGAGGAUUGUCGCUGUCCCCGACGGAGGCGGAAUGGUACCUCGGCGAGGCCAAGAGGGUAGCCUAUUUGGAAGAGAUGGGACGCAUCGGCCGGCCGAGUUUCAAGGACCACAUUUCCGGAUCUGCUGCGUCCGGGUCCGAGGCCGGGUCCAGAACACCGACAGGCUCUGCGCGACCUGGGCCGUCGUCGCCUGCUUCUUGGACGGUGCCUACGGUGUUGCCUUUGGACGAUGACGACGUACGCAGCAUAGUGUCGGCACCAGGACAGGCGCCCAUGAGUGAGGUCUCGACGAUUUACCCUGAUGAUUCGAUGAGCUUUAUUAAUUUCCGGCGUUGGUGA